AUGGUGGUAACCAAAAGAAAAGUUUCCGAAUCUUUUGAUGAGGAUAGUAGUAGUAAUGAUACCAAUUCCACAACACCAAAUAAAUUUAAAAAAAAUGAUGAAAUUGACACAAAUAAUAAUAAUACCACAACCACAACAACCACAACUACAACAUCAUCAUCAACAUCAUCAUCAUCAUCAACAUCAACAUCAUCACCAAGAAAAGAAGAAAUUUUAAAAAUUUUAACAAAUGAUAAUGUAAAGAAUUUAAAUGUUGUUGAAAUGAAAGAAUGGUUUAAAGAGAUUUCAUUCCAAUUAUUAAAUAAUGUUGUAUUGAUGAUAAAUGAACAAGCACAUAUGUUGGUUGAAAUUGAAUUUUAUUUUAAAGGAUGUAAACAUAUUGAUCAUUUCACCCAUGGUGAUAGUAUGCAAUUGGAGAGAGGUACAUGGUAUUUCCAUAGAAGUGGAUCAGGAUACAAAGGUGGUAGUUUCAAAGGACUCGAUAUAACAUUUGGAUUAGGUGACAGUGAUGAUGAGUCUGAAAAGAAAACUUAUGGUGGUAUAUUAAUUAGAUCAAUUCAAAUCUUAUCUGAUAAAUCGAUUAUUGACGGUCCAAGUUUAUGUGUUGACCAUAUAUUAAAAACUACAAAUUCAAAAGAUAUCUCACAAUUUAUCAGAUCACAUGGUAGAUCAAUUUUUGAGAAUGAAAAUUCAUCAUUAUAUCUCAAAAUGAGGGACCAAGUUUUAACAAAUAAUAAUAGUGGUGGUGGUAGUAGUGGUGGUAGCAGUGGUAAUGAUGAUAGUGGUGAGAAUUUGAAAUCCUUGACAUUACCACCAAUAGUUUCCAAAUCCAUGAUUUUAUCAUGUCCUAGAGUUGGUUUAACACUUAAACGUUAUAAACCAUCUCAAGAAUUUUUCAUUGGUGGCGAUUAUCGUUUCAUUAGAUUACCUGAUAAAGUGAAAAAGGGUAAACAUUACAUGACUGUCAAAUUGGCAUUACUCGGCCAAGAUAGUAAUACCAUAAAGAAUCAAGUUGGUUCCACUACUGCCACCAUAGAAAAAAUUAAAGCUCAAAUUAAAGCUGGUGAAAAAUUAUCAAAAUCUGAUUUAUCCAGUUUUAGAGGUGACCUUUCCGCUGACGAAAUGUGUAAAUUACUUGGACUUUGUAAUAAAUUAUAUAAUGAAAAAAUUAAUUCAAGUAAUGGUGAAAUCGAUGUUGAUAUUAAUACAAAAAUUACAAAUGAUGGUGAUGAUGAUAAUAAUAGCGAUAAUUAA